CAGCUCAGUUCCCUUUCGCUAUAUUUGGGGGUGACACUCACCUUCCCUCCUGCUCACCCUGCACCCCUUUCAACUUAAGAGAUGCCUGGACAUCACUGGAGGUGUAGACGCAGCUGGAGGUGCCGGGCGCCAGCAGAAGCCUCAGCGAGGACAGGGCCUCAGAGAGGACAGGCCCCCAGCCUGGCCUGGGCCCCGUCCAGGGUGGAUGCUGCCCCAUCCGGGCUGUGGGGUGCAGACGAAGGCCUGGAGGCCAUGGAGGGACUCCCAUCCUGAGCCUGCCCCCGCCCCAGCGUGGACCCCCAUGGCUCUCAGGCUGCUCACUCCACCUGCCAAUGUGCGUCAGAGCUGGGUGCGGGGCGCAGGAGACCCGGAGGGCCUGCUGGGGGUCCCUGCUCCUCCCUGCUUCUCAGGAGCCCUCUCCCUAGGGGCCGAGGAGCGCCCCUCCCGCAUCAGUCAGAGGGCAGAUCCCGCAGCGCUGGGAGCCGUCUGCCGGAGAAGUGGCUCCCGGAGGGCCCGGGGUGCCGGGGCUGAGGUCUCCGAGCUGCAUCUCAGCAGAGCCCCCCACCCUCCAGUCGCUCCCCAGAUCCAGGGCUGGGAGCCCCAGGGUCAGGAGCCCCUCAGAGGGGCAGGAGUAUUGGGAAUUCCCAAUACAAGCCCUGUUCCUGCAGCACCUGCCUGUCCUGGGGUCAAAGGCCAUGCCCUGACAGAGCCCUUGAGGCAGAGUCUCAGGACUGGCCCGCUGUGGGGCCCUGCUGCUCCAGCCCGCCUUGUCCUCUUUGCUCCUCUCGGAGGAGAAGCCCUGAUCCCAGGUCCCCCACACACCCCCAGAUCCCGGGCCAGCCCAGCGGGCUUCGUGUCCCUGGCUGUGUGGGGGAGACAGAGAUACAGAGAGCUGGAGAGGUCCUGGGGUGUGGGAGGCUGGGCCAUCCGGAGCCUCCGGCCCUUCUCCUCCUGGAGACUAUCUUCCGGGGCGUGGGGGUGCUCAAGGCCAGGCUGCUGCAGUGGGCGUGGGGGGGAGGGCCCGGAAGACGGACGCCGGGCUGCAGCAGGGGAAACUACCGUUGGCACUCGGGAGCCAGGGAGCCAGCACGCCCAGACUGCCCACCACCCGCCUCUGCGUCAGCCCGCUCUCCCCAGAAGGAACAUCCUGUGUACCUUUUCUACUUCGAUUCUGAAUUAGGCUGUUUCCAUCCCACUGCUCCAGGCUCUGCCGGGCCAGGGCAAGGUAUCGGGAGUCAGCUGUCUCUGCCCACCCCGGGGCGUUGCUUCUCCAGGUCUGAGUCUCUUCCUGCCUGGAAAGCCAGCUGCUGAAGAGCGUGCAGCUCUGAUGAGGCCCCCAGCCCUGUUCGCGGCGCUCCUCUGGCUCCCAGGCUUCUUGGCCAAGGAAGAUGAGUGCCAGCCCCCGGAAGAGGGUCCCAUAGGGGCCAGUGGAGGACCGCCCCUGAGGGUGACGGUCAGCAGCCGGGGCAGGUCCGCCAGCCUCACGCUGAGCUGGGCCGCCCCUGGGCCGGGCGGGCCCGGCCGCACCCUCCGCCUCAGCCGGCUGAACCCCCGCGGCUCCCCUGAACGGCAGCUGCUCCAGGCCCACACCAACACGUCCAGCUUCGAGUUCCGGGACCUGGUGCCAGGAAGUCGCUACCAGCUGGAGGUGACGGCCGUGCGCCCCUGCGGGCAGAACGCCAGCCUCGGCCUCACUGUGCUCACAGCCCCGUCCACUGUCCAGGACCUGCAGCUCCACGGCUCCGAGAGCCCGUCCAGCCUGCGGGCCUCAUGGGGCUCUGCCCCCGGGGGGCAGGAUGGCUACCAGCUUGUCCUCUGCCACCUGGAGUCCCAGACAGUGGUUCACAACGUCUCCACGUCUGCCGGCACCCUGACCUACAAUUUUAGCCACCUCCUACCAGGCAGUGAGUACGUCUUGGAGGUUACCACCUGGGCUGCCCACCUCCAAGCGAAGACCAGUGCCCGCCAGUGGACAGCUCCUGUACCUCCAGGGCAGCUGGCGCUGCGUGCCCUGGGCACCAGGGCCCUGCGGGCCUCCUGGGGCAGCGCUGGGGGGGCCGCCUGGCUGCACCUCCUGCUCACAGACCUCCUCAGUGGCUCCAACCGGACGGCGGGCGUCACAAGAGGUGUCUCCAGCCACACCUUCCCGUGCCUCUCUCCCGGAACCCCCUACACGCUGACACUCAGCGCUGUCGCCGGCCCCCGUUGGGCAGCGGGGCCCAGUGCCACCGAGUGGACCCGUCCCUCCACGGCCCUGGACCUGCGGCUCACUCCCCAGACCCCAGGGCUUGGGGCCAGCUGGAAGGCGGGCCCCGGGGCCUGGGAGGGCUACCUGCUCAGGCUGAGCGGGCCUAUGGAAAAGACCCUAAGUUUGGGCCCUGGGGCCCUCAACGUCACGUUCCCAGGGCCCCUGCCAUCCGGACACUACACUCUGGAGCUGAGAGUUCUGGCGGGGCCCUACGAGGCCGGGGCCCAGGCCACUGCCUGGCUGGGUGAUGCUGCAGCCCAGCACCCGCAGGGCAGCGGUACCGAGCUGCCCCUGGAUGGGCCAGAGGCCAGCAAGGAGCCUGGGAGCCGGACACUGCCCCACUCUGAGGGGGCCCCCUGCCUCCUCAGAAAUGUCUCAGGGCCACCUGGUGCCACCCAGGUCACGCUCCACGGGCCCGGGGCCCGCUCCCAGGUGGACGCUGUCUCUGCUCUGGGCACUGCCACCUCAAGCCCCACAGGCCACGCAGGGCCCCCCACGCCACAGCCGCUGGAGGUGGCCAGCAGGGACAGCCCCUCCGCCUUGACCGUUGGCUGGGCCCCGGCACCGGGGCCACGGGGAGGCUACAGGGUCAGCUGGCACCAGGAGGGCGGCCAGGGCUCGCCGGGCGGGCUUGUCGACUUGGGCCCGGACAACGCCAGCCUGACACUGCGGGGUCUCGUGCCCGGCUCCUGCUACGCCGUGUCUGUGUGGACUCGGGUGGGGAACCUUAGCGCCAGCAUCCAAAGGGCUCGCGCCUGCACACUCCCUGCGCCGCCUGCCAACCUGAGCCUGGGCCUGGCUGCCCGGACCCCUGUCCUGAGGGCCGUCUGGAGCCCCCCCGCGGGGGGCAGGGACGGCUUCCUCCUGCGGCUUUACUGCCUGCGGCCUCCAGCUCUGGAGAGCCAGGAGACCCUGGGCCCCGAGGCACAGACCUUCUCCUGGGCCCGGCUGGCUCCGGGCACUGAGUUCCUGGUGUGGCUGGCCACCCUGCGGGGUCCCGACCAGAGCAGCAGCGCCAACGCCACGGGCUGGACGCGCCCCCUCGCCCCUGCCCUGGUGAACGUGACCAGUGAAGGCGCCACCCAGCUCCGGGCGUCCUGGGUCCACGCGCCGGGGGGCCGGGAGGGCUACCGGGUGACACUCUACCAGGCGGGCGUCCCGGUGCACUCCAGCCCCGUGGGGGCCCAGGUGGACGGCGCCAGCUUCUCGGCUCUGACUCCGGGCACUGAGUACGAGGUGGAGGUGGUCACGCAGGCCGGGCCCCUCCGUGCAGUGGCGGCCAGUGCCGCCGGCUGGACCUCCCCAGUGGUGCCUGCGGAGCUGCUGGUGUCCAUGCAGGCGGGCAGCGCCGUGGUCAGCCUGGCCUGGGCCAGCGGCCCCCUGGGGCGCGGAGCCUGCCACGCGCAGCUCGCGGGGGCCGGGCUCCUGUCCCGGGAGCAGCCCCUGGCCCUGGGCCAAGCCCGCCUGGUCCUGAGAGACCUCACGCCUGGCCGCAACCUCUCCUUGGCCGUGCGGUGCCGGGCGGGGCCCCGCCAGGCCUCCACGCACCCUGUGCCGCUGCCCGUGGAGCCUGACCCGGUGGAGGACGUGCAGUGCCAGCCCGAAGCCACGCGCCUGGCCCUGGUCUGGACGGUGCCCGCGGGGGACGUGGACACCUGUCUGGUGGUGGCGGAGCAGCUGGCGGCGGCAGGGGCCGCCCAGCUCGUCUUCCGGGCCAACACCUCCGGGGGCGCCCUCCUCCUGGCGCGCCUGGCGCCUGCCGCGUCCUACCGCCUCAGCCUCUCGGUGCUGGGCAGGAACGGCCUGUGGAGCCGGGUGGUCAGCCUGGUGUGCGCCACCACGCCCGAGGCCUGGCACCCCCCGGAGCUGGCCGCAGCCCCCCGGCUGGAGCCCGAGACGGGGAUGGGCGUGCUGAUUGCCCAGGGCAUGUUCGGCGAGGAGGACGGGCAGAUCCAGUGGUACGGGGUCAUCGCCACCACCAAUAUGUCGCUGGCCCGGCCUCCCCGCGAAGCCGUCAGCCGCACAUGGUACGACCAUUACUACGGCGGCCGCGACGCCUACCUGGCUGUACUGCUCUCCAACCCGUUCUACCCCGGGCCCUGGGCCGCGCCCACAUCCUGGCCGGUGCCCGUGGGCACGGACGACUGCGGCCGGACCCGCGACAUAUGUAACGGGCGGCUCAGGCCGGGCUCCCGGUAUCGGUUCAGUGUCGUGGCCUUUUCCAGGCACAGCCCUGACACCCUUAUCGCCGUCUCAGCCUUUUCAGAGCCCCGGACCAGCCCUUCCUGGGCAGUGCCCCUUCCGGUGGCAGCGGGCACCGCGGCCGGCGUGCUCGCCCUGGGUGUCUUGCUGGGCCUGCUGUGCUGGAGGCGAGUGAACGGGCAGAGGGCAGAGAAGAGCCUGCGCUCCCAGGAGCUGACUGCUUACAACCUGCGGCGGACCCACCGGCCCAUCCCCGUGCACAGCUUCCAGCAGAGCUUUGAGGCCAAGAGUGCCCACGCCUACCAGGCCUUUUUUCAGGAGUUUGAGGAGCUGAAGGAGGUGGGCAAGGAGCAGCCGAGGCUGGAGGCUGAGCACCCUGCCAACAGCGCGAAGAACCGCUACCCUCACGUGUUGCCCUACGACCACUCCCGGGUCAGGCUGGCCCUGCUGGACGGGAAGCCCCACUCUGACUACAUCAAUGCCAGCUUCAUCCCGGGCUACACCCACCCGCAGGAGUUCAUCGCCACCCAGGGGCCUCUCAAGAAGACACUGGCGGACUUCUGGCGGCUGGUGUGGGAGCAGCAGGUCCACGUCAUCGUCAUGCUGACCGUGGGCAUGGAGAACGGGCGGGUGCUGUGUGAGCACUACUGGCCGGCCGACUCCCGCCCCAUCACCCACGGGCCGGUCACCAUCCUCCUGCUGGCCGAGCAGCCACAGGACGAGUGGACCACACGGGAAUUCCAGCUGCAUCACGCUGCCCAGCAGCGGCAGCGGAGGGUGAAGCAGCUGCAGUUCACCACCUGGCCGGACCACAGUGUCCCCGAGGCCCCCAGCUCCCUGCUGGCCUUUGUGGAGCUGGUCCGGGAGCAGGCGAGGGCCACCGUGGGCGCAGGGCCCCUCCUGGUGCACUGCAGCGCGGGCGUGGGCCGCUCAGGCACCUUUGUGGCCCUGUGGCGGCUGCUGCGGCAGCUGGAGGAGGAGCAGGCGGUGGACGUGUUCCACGCGGUGCACGUGCUGCGCCUACACCGGCCGCUCAUGAUUCAGACCCCGAGCCAGUACAUCUUCCUGCACAGCUGCCUCCUGAGCAGGGUCCUGGAAGGGCCCCACAGCACCCGCGCUGCCGAGGCUGCAGAGACCCACAGCAGGCACUGGGCAGCCCCAGGCACCUCCCACGCAGCCGGUGCCCCCUGCAGGCCGCAGCCCAUCCCCGUGAGGAACUUUGCCCGAGUGUGCGCAGAACAGGCCGCCAAUGGCAACGCGGGCUUCCUGGAGGAGCACCAGCUCCUGCUCCGGGCCCUGAAGGACGAGGCAGGCUCUGGGACACCCCCUCCCCGCGGUGAGCAGAAUGAGGGCCGUUGUCACGAGUGGUCCCCUUCGGUGGAGAGCGGCCCAGCUGGGGAGAUGCUUGAAGCCUGGCUCUUCCCUGGCGGGCCCUCUGGCCGUGACCAUGUGGUGCUGACCGGCCCUGCAGGGCCAGCUGAACUCUGGGAGCUGGUGUGGGAGCACGGGGCCUGCGUGAUGGCCUCCUUGUGCCCACCGGACCCCCAGGAGGAGGAGUUCUGGCCCACGGAGACGCAGCCUGUUACCACGGACGCGGUGACCGUGCGCUGGGUGGCGGACGGCAGUGCUGCAGGCUGGCCCUGCACCUUCCUUCACGUCACACAUCGGUGCCAACGUCUCUACCCAGAAGGCGAGCGGGAAGGAGAGACCGGUGCAGCGGCUGCAGUUCCCAUGCUGGGAGCCGGGCCAGGCGCUCCCCACCGAGACCCUGCUGCCCUUCCUGGCCGCCGUGGGCCGGUGCUGCUCCCGGGACACCGAGCAGCCAGGCACGCUGCUCAGUCACUGCAGCAAGGGUGCGGCCCAACUGGGCACCUUCCUGGCCCUGGAGCAGCUGCUGCAGCAGGCAGGGACCGAGGGCGCCGUGGACGUCUUCACUGUGGCCUUGCAGCAGUCGCAGGCCUGCGGCCUCAUGACCCCAACGCUGGAGCAGUACGUCCACCUCUACAGCUGCCUCGACAGCGCGCUCUCGGAAGGGCUGCCGUGAGUCACCCAGCCCCUGCUGUGUGGGAGGCGGUGCUGGCCCGGCAAGCCCACUGUGGCCCGGCUUCCCCGGGAGGGUGGCCUGCACGCCAACCCCGUGCUGUGAAGGGCAAUAAACGGUGUGGUCAAGCCUGA